UUAGUCCGGAACGAGCCUGAGGUCAAGGAUUUUUUCCGCCGUGGUGGUCUAAUUUCAACCUCGUGCCCGCUCGGUCUCCAUUCAGGUCUGUCCUCUCUCUACGGUUUCGAUUCCCUCUUUGUUCUGUAACCUGUUACUCUCUCUCUCAGCUCGCUCUCUCCAUCUGCAUCUUUCUGUCUCUCUCGGCUCCAUCGCAGUGCUAGUGGUCACUGUGUUUCCACCGCACUGCCGAGUACCACCCACACCAAUGACACCAUUACGCCGAGCUACUCCACAGCGAACACGAUCAACUCCACUGCACCGGCCAGUCGCAAGCCCUGUCUUUGCACCACAGCGGUCCGCUAUGGACAAACAAUAUCACCCGCGUGCCACCGUGCUACCUCAGCACAACCGAUCCAAGCUCGGUGACGAUCGAUGUUCGCUUGGCACUAUUGUAAGGAAAUUCAAAGAUGUUAAAAAGUUAAGUUGCUGCAUGGAAACUUGGUGCUGUGUUCAAAUACGCAUUUGUCUGUUUGCUGGAAUUUCAUUGAUGCUAUUUUUUUGCACUGCCUCUUGCGUGCAUGGUUCUUCACUUUCAAGUGAGGCACAAAGUUGCAAUCCGGAUUUUAGUUCCAACAACUCAGCUAUCAGCUCUUUUUGUAGUUGCAAGAGAUUUAUAAUGGAAUCUUAUCAUGGGAAGUAUGGAAGCUUUCUCGAUUCAGAUUUCCAAGAUUUCAUAGCACAAGGGCUUCCCUCUGGGUUAUGUGGAAUGCUGCCAGAUGAUUUGCCUAGAUUGUCAGUUCUACAGCGGAAUCUGAUUGGCAAAGGUUCCCAUCGUCUUCUAUCCUCAUCCAUCAGAUUAAACAUUGAACCAAAAUCCAUAACUAAGCUGCCAACUCACUCCUGUGAGGUCAUAAUUAUUGAAAGACUACCAACUGGAGUUUUUGCUGACCCAUUUGAGCUACAACAUCUUCUUCAGCGUGGUGUAUUUAGCAAUAUAGCUGUGUUUGGAGAUACAAAUUUGGAAUUGCCUUCAUUUUUGUCCAACCGUUCUGUUGUUGAGGUUCACAUGGAUGUUGGUCCCAAUCUCUUGAUAAGUCACAUGAAUGGACCUGAUAUCAACAUAGCACUUCCACUACAUGCAAGGUAUCCGCCUCUAGAUGCAAGUGGCUACUCAAGAGUCAAAUUCAGUGCACCUGAUGCGUUUGUGCGCUGCAGCAUAGAGGGAAACUCACCUAACCAAAGUUGUUUAUUUUCUCCGACCGGUGAUGUUGCUGAACAGGGAAGUGGUGAGAUUGUGUGGAGAAUACCUGCCGGAAGGAAGACACAUGCUGAAGUUGUAUCUGUCGUUACUUUUAUCUCAGCCAUAGUAUCAACUCUAUUCAUUGUUUUGACAUCCAUAUUCUAUUCAAAAGCCAUUCCGUACAAAACAUUGAAACAAUCUUAAUUUUUGUUGUGGCCUAAUAAUUUAGUUCAAAUUUCGUCUUAAAUCUACUCUCGUUUAUGUUUUCUGCUGUUAAUUAUUAUGUGAAGCAAGAAUGAAAGCUUGUGCUACCGUCA